AUGUCGGACUCUGAUUUUGAACAAAUCCAGAGGCUGCAGCAGCAGCGAAAUGCUGCUGCUGCUGUGAAGAAAGGGGUGCGAUCAUUGGAUUCUUCUCAACGCGCUGGCGACUCAACCAAGGCCAAUCUAGAUGACGCCUUUGACACCGAUCUUUACGAUCGCAAUAGCGACGACAAGUUUGCAGGUUAUCUUCGGACCCUUCCCGCUAAUGAGACGGACGAUGAGGAGAUGGAGGGAGUCGACACCUCGAGACGCCUUGUAGGCCAGUAUACAGCUACACGUGCCCAAAUCGACGAGUUUUCCCACGGCAACGGGGUAGAAGAGGAAGAUAUUCUCACAGGAAAAGGCGAGCGAGGUAAUAAGAUAUCUGAUCGGGAGACGGAAUACCAAAAACGUCGGUUCGAUCGUGUCCUCACGCCUACUCGGGCGGACCCUUUUGCUGCCAAUCUACAGGCUGGUGCCGCAACAGAAGGGGAAAGCUAUAAGGAUGUCAUGGAGCGAAGGGAAAUUGAGAGAGAGGAGGAACGCAUUCGUCGAGUCAUCGACACCAAGAGGAAAGAGAAAACAACUCAGGGUGCUGGUGACCAGCAAGCAAACCUUGAAUACUUUGACAAGGAGAACGAAGACACCGAACCAACAGACAGCGCUGCUAGCCGGAAGCGCAAGAAGAGGUGGGAUGUGGCUGUACUAGCAAAAUCAGAGGAUCGUACACAAUCCGAAGGAAAGAAACGAUCGCGAUGGGACCAAGCUCCUGCAAUAUCCGAGCCCGGCAGCGAGGCGCCCAAGAAGCGAUCACGCUGGGACCAAGCUCCAUCUGCAACGCCAAUUGGAGACCAAGGCCUCAUCACCCCUGCGCAUCCAUCACUGCAAGCAGCAAUUACAGCUCCUAUCGGUUUCGGUAAUGACUUGUCGUCGCGUAACGCUCCUAUCAGUGACGAAGAGCUUGACAUCAUGCUUCCGGGACCAGAAGAUGGUUACAAAGUUCUUGACCCUCCACCCGGCUACGCUCCCAUUCGUGCUCCAUUACACAAACUUCAGCAAACGCCAGCACCGGCAACUGGAUUUGUGAUGCAGGAUCCCGACAGUGGACGAAUGGCUGGCCAACCGAUGGCAAAGGCAAUACCCGGCAUGUGGGACUUGCAGUUUCUGAAACCAGAAGAUGUCACUUACUUUGGCAAGUUGUCUGAUGGGGCUGACGAGGACACGCUUAGUGUAGAGGAGCUGAAGGAGAGAAAAAUCAUGAGACUGCUCCUCAAAGUGAAGAACGGAACCCCGCCGAUGCGAAAGACGGCCCUUCGUCAAUUGACCGACAACGCACGAAACUUCGGUGCGGGUCCGUUGUUCAACCAAAUUCUACCGCUGUUGAUGGAAAAGAGCCUUGAAGAUCAAGAGCGUCACUUGCUUGUCAAGGUGAUCGAUCGGAUUCUCUACAAACUAGAUGAUAUGGUCCGGCCUUUCGUUCACAAAAUUCUUGUUGUCAUCGAACCUCUUCUCAUCGAUCAAGAUUACUAUGCUCGAGUCGAGGGCAGCGAGAUUAUCUCUAAUCUUAGCAAAGCUGCAGGUUUGGCAACCAUGAUCAGUACAAUGAGGCCGGAUAUUGAUCAUGUUGACGAAUAUGUGCGGAACACAACGGCGAGGGCUUUUGCUGUCGUUGCAUCUGCCUUGGGCAUUCCCGCACUUCUUCCUUUUCUCCAGGCUGUUUGUCGGAGUAAGAAAUCAUGGCAAGCGCGCCACACAGGCGUGAAGAUUGUGCAGCAAAUCCCUAUUCUCAUGGGGUGUGCCAUCCUCCCUUAUCUCAAGCGACUGGUCGAUUGCAUUGCCCCAUGCCUCAAUGACGAACAAACCAAGGUCAGAACUGUCACCAGCUUGGCCAUUGCUGCGCUGGCCGAGGCCUCGAACCCGUACGGUAUCGAGAGCUUUGACGACAUACUCAAUCCCUUAUGGACAGGUGCCCGGAAGCAGCGGGGCAAGGGGCUUGCAGGAUUUCUGAAAGCCGUCGGGUACAUCAUCCCACUCAUGGACGAGGAAUACGCCAACUACUACACCAGCCAAAUUAUGGAAAUUUUGCUGCGGGAGUUUUCUUCCCCCGAUGAAGAGAUGAAGAAGGUAGUCCUGAAGGUAGUGUCCCAAUGCGCGAGCACGGAAGGUGUCACGGCUGGGUACCUAAAGGAACACGUUCUGGACGAAUUCUUCAAAGGGUUUUGGGUGCGCCGUAUGGCUUUGGAUAAGCGAAACUACCGGCAGGUUGUCGAAACAACCGUUGACAUUGGCCAAAAGGUUGGAGUGAGCGAGAUUCUGGAGAGAAUCGUCGUCAAUCUGAAGGAUGAGAGCGAAGCAUAUCGCAAAAUGACGGUGGAAACGGUCGAGAAACUGGUCUCUUCGCUUGGUGCGGCUGAUAUUGGUGAGCGCCUAGAGGAAAGGCUUGUUGAUGGAAUUUUGCAUGCUUUCCAGGAACAAUCAGUAGAGGACAUUGUCAUGCUUAACGGUUUUGGCUCUGUCGUCAACGCCCUUGGCACCCGUUGCAAGCCUUACUUACCACAAAUUGUCAGCACUAUACUGUGGCGGCUAAACAACAAGUCGGCAACUGUACGGCAACAAGCGGCGGACCUGAUCUCGCGAAUAGCGAUGGUGAUGAAGCAGUGUGGCGAAGAUGCACUUAUGGGCAAACUCGGCAUUGUUUUGUACGAAUACUUGGGCGAGGAGUAUCCAGAGGUCUUGGGUUCGAUUUUGGGUGCACUUCGGUCCAUUGUCACCGUUGUCGGUAUUAGCCAAAUGCAACCUCCCAUCAAGGAUCUGCUACCAAGACUGACACCUAUUCUCCGAAACCGACACGAAAAAGUGCAGGAGAACACGAUUGAUCUCGUGGGCCGCAUUGCCGACCGCGGACCAGAAAGUGUCAAUGCACGAGAGUGGAUGCGUAUCUGCUUCGAGCUGUUGGACAUGUUGAAGGCUCACAAGAAGGGCAUUCGCCGGGCCGCAAACAAUACAUUUGGUUUCAUUGCAAAGGCAAUUGGACCCCAGGACGUUCUUGCGACACUCCUGAACAAUUUACGCGUCCAGGAACGCCAAUCUCGUGUCAAUACUGCCGUCGCAAUUGGCAUUGUUGCAGAGACUUGCGCACCCUUCACGGUUCUCCCGGCACUCAUGAAUGAGUACCGUGUCCCAGAGCUAAAUGUGCAAAAUGGUGUUUUGAAGUCGCUCUCAUUUCUGUUUGAGUACAUCGGCGAGAUGGCAAAGGACUAUGUGUAUGCCGUGACGCCUUUGCUCGAGGACGCGCUGAUUGACCGUGAUCAGGUCCACCGACAGACCGCAGCUUCUGUUGUCAAGCACAUUGCUCUGGGUGUCGUUGGUCUUGGCUGCGAGGAUGCCAUGGUCCAUCUGCUAAAUCUUCUUUACCCGAACCUUUUUGAGACAAGCCCGCAUGUAAUCGAUAGGAUUGUGGAAGCAAUUGAAGCGAUUCGCGUGGCGGUGGGACCUGGCCUGGUGUUGAAUUAUGUUUGGGCCGGCCUCUUUCAUCCAGCACGGAAGGUGAGAACGAUAUACUGGAGGGUCUUGUCGGAUUGCUAUAUUGGAGCUGCUGAUUCGAUGGUUCCCUAUUACCCCGACUUGGAAGAAGAGAAGGUGGACAGGCCCGAACUAGCCGUGAUGCUGUAA